AUCGAGUCGGGCAGUAAGCGAACAUUUGCAUAGACGGAUAAAGGAUGUGACAAGUCCUGUAAAUCGCUAACAAUCCAAUGAAAUGAUCUCUCGGCAGACACGGUGGAGCCAGCCCUACCAGGGCUUUGGAAAAUGUGCGAACAACCUCUUUUGUCGGGGAGGCAUGAUGAUAAUGAGCCGGUACUUAUCUGGCCUUUGAUGUUGUGUUUGCCCCUGUCGCUAUUUGCUUGGGGGCGCCCCAUAUAAGGGAAGAUGCGCGUCACGGCCUGCGCGUCCAAAGGCUUCAGCUCAUCCAGCGCACAGGACCCGGGCUCGUCUAACCCCCCGACGGCAAGCGCGCCAUGACCAAGGCUCCCUUCUCGGUGGAGUGGCUCUCCCAGAGCAGCCAAGCCACCAACCACGCCCGGAGCAGGGAAGGAGUCAGCCCAACCGCGUCUUCGGCCUUCCCCGACGGCAUCCGGACCCAGCAGAGCGAGCCUCCGUCUAACUGCCGGCCUGCCGGGAGAGAACGAAGGCCGGUCGGGGAAAAAGUCGUUCCCAGGGGCCACGAACCGCCUUCUGAACAUCUCCCUUCGCUCCAGAAGAAAGUGGAUUCCUCCUCGACGUCAGCAGAGGCGUCUGAGGCUCCCAAGCGGACGUGGAGUGCAACGGAGGGCAGCUCGGACGGCGAAGGGAGCCUCUCGGAGGGCCAGACCCCAGAAGAGGGCAGCGGCAGUAGAAGCACCAACAGCCGCCGCUUGCGCACCGCUUUCAGCGUGGAGCAGAUCAGCACCUUGGAGAACUCCUUUAAGCGUCACAGAUACUUGGGCGCCGCAGAGAGACGCAAACUGGCCAGUAAGAUGCAACUCUCCGAAGUGCAGAUCAAGACUUGGUUCCAGAACCGACGGAUGAAACUGAAGCGUCAGUUGCAGGAGAUAAGACCCGAACCUUUUCAUGCAGUGCCAUUUUACAGCCCCCUCCCUUUUGGACCUCAAAGUGGGCCUGUGUCCUAUGUUUACUCUCCACACCAGCAUACUUUCACUGGGAGGGAAGCUGUUCCUUCUGGCAUUCCCUUCCCUCCAAUGCCAGCUCCAACUCUGGAUCCCAGAAGCAACUCUGGAGGGCAACCUGGUGCUCUCUGGCCAAUGCCCAUGCCCUACUUCAUAGGAUGCCAGGACCCUAGAACUGUCUUCCUGCCCCUCUGAGUCAAUCGUCAGGGAUGCUGCUGGCCCACAGAAGGAUUUGCACUAAAGUCUGCUCUUCCAGAGCUAUAUUUAUAGCUACCGAGAUUCCUGGAUACAUGGGUUCUGAAUAUAUUUUGCACAGAGAUAUGAGUGGGAAAGUGGGGUGAAAAUAAAUAACUACAAUGUGUUUUUUUUUAAAAAAAGCUAAUUCAUUCAGCAAGACCUUAACUGGGUUUUGACAUUUAAACGAGGGCUUGACACAGACCAGCUUCAAACUGCCCCUUAAAUUUAGGUCAUGUCGUUGGGCAAAACAGCAACAUCUGGAGAAGCCUGAUAUAAAAUUAGACGAGAGCCCAUCUCCUGUGAUCGAUUUAGCAAGAUCAGCUUAUGCUUGAUUUAGGGCUUGAUAGUGUGUUGUUCGGAAAGUUGUGCAAUAAUAGCAUCAGAGAGAUGUUAAACACUGUGAUUAACUUACUUCUUUGUAAGGGUGACCCUGAGAACAUUGAUGUGCCAUAAAAUUCUGGUGUUCAUUCACAACCCACUGAUAAAGUUGUCUGUGUUUGCAGUGCAAUAUAUUGUACUUUUAUCAAUAUAUUGCUCUUUAUGAUAAGAUGUAAGCCAUAAGCUAAUUCAAAAUGCUUUCUUCAUUAAUAGGUAUGUUUUUAGCUGGGGUGGGGUGGGGAUUGGACUAUUUUUUUGCAAUAUCAAAUACAGAAAAUAACUGGAACCAUUUAUUUUGGUAAAGAUGUAUGCAUGUGCAGAAUAAAUCAGAUAUAUACUAUUAGUAUAUAGAGCCCUUAACAGCCUGGGACCAC